UUUUUUCCUUUCCCCCACCAAAAUAUUGAGAGUUAAGAGGCCGCUGCUGCGUGCAACGGAGAUCAGAAAGAGAGCGGUGCCAGUCGGAGGCUGAGCUGCUGCUGCUGUUCCUGCUGCUGCUGCCGCCGGCCGCUCCACAACGACCGCCUCACUGCGGCGCUACAUCCCGGACUGGAUUUUAUCGAUUCCUCGCAUUUGCUCGCCUGGGUUUCUUUGCGCGACACGACCGACCGAAGACAGCCGGGGCUGGGGGCUGCUUGCUUGAAAAAAAAAGACCCGAAGCCCCUUCGUCCUCGCUUUUGCUUUGCGUUACCUAUUUUUCCAAAUAAAGAUUGGCGUGUGGAUUUUUUUUUUUCUUCCUUCUCCCCCUCCCUUAAGGACAUCUAUCCGUUUCCCUGGGAUUCUCUGCUGGACUUGCAAGUUUCCUUUUGAUCCGAAAAGUGUCGGCGGAGGAAGGAGAGAGAGACGAAGGGGGGCACGACCGAAGGAAGCGGCUUUGCGAGCGAGGCUUUUCUCCCUCCUUGCCGAUCCGGGGGAAGGAGCUGCGCUGCCGGCCCCGUUCAGUUGCCCUCAACCGCAAGCUUCUCUUCCCCCCCCCCCCCCCGUUUGACUGAAGAAGCCUUUGCGCCGUGAUUGUGGGUGGUUGUUGUCGGGGUGUCGUUUUUUUUUUUUCUUUUGCCCACCCCGCGUUUUGUGGUGUCGCUUGGAAAGAUGUUACUCUCCAAAUUUGGGUCCUUGGCUCAUCUUUGCAACCCCACCAGCAUGGAUCACUUGCCGGUGAAGAUCCUCCAGCCAGUGAAAGUGGAAAAGGAGCCGUUCGAUAAAAUCUAUCAAGUGGGCUCAGUCUUGGGCAGUGGGGGAUUUGGCACCGUCUAUGCUGGGAACAGGAUUGCAGAUGGCUUGCCGGUAGCUGUAAAGCAUGUCGUGAAGGAGCGGGUAACCGAGUGGGGCACAAUUGGUGGAGUAAUGGUGCCCUUGGAAAUAGUCCUGUUGAAGAAAGUGGGUUCGGGCUUCCGGGGUGUAAUUAAGCUGCUCGACUGGUACGAGAGGCCUGAUGGCUACCUGAUCAUCAUGGAACGACCAGACCUGGUGAAGGAUCUCUUUGACUUCAUUACGGAGAAGGGGGCGCUGGAUGAGGACACCGCACGGGGCUUCUUCCAUCAAGUCCUGGAAGCAGUGCGCCACUGCUACAGCUGCGGGGUGGUACACAGAGACAUCAAGGACGAGAAUCUUCUAGUGGAUCUCAGGACAGGAGAACUGAAGCUGAUCGAUUUUGGGUCUGGAGCCAUCCUCAAGGACACAGUCUAUACUGACUUUGAUGGGACACGAGUGUACAGCCCUCCAGAAUGGAUUCGCUAUCACAGAUACCAUGGGCGAUCGGCUACUGUAUGGUCACUGGGUGUUUUGCUCUAUGACAUGGUCUGCGGAGACAUCCCUUUUGAACAAGAUGAAGAGAUCUUGAGAGGACGCCUGUAUUUCAGGAGACGAAUUUCCCUGGAAUGCCAGCAAUUGAUCAAAUGGUGCCUUUCUCUGAGGCCUUCAGACAGACCAACCCUUGAGCAAAUUUUUGACCACCCGUGGUUGCACAAAUCCGAAGUUGUGAAGUCGGAAGAUUGUGACAUAAGGUUACGGACCAUUGGCACAGACGUGUCUCGCACAAGUUCAAGCAACGAGAGCCUGUGAAAAUACUGAGGACCUUGUAAAGGGAGGGGAGCCACAAGGAGAAAAAAAGAGGGGGAGAGAAAAGACCAGAGUGCUGCUGCUGCUGCCAAUAUGUAGAAGGGGCUAGGGGGGGAAAUGCAUUAAUUAUUCUGUACUUUGAAUCUUUGUCAGAGGGAAUUGAUUUUUUUUUUUAAAUUUUCCCCUUAUUGCUGGUUUCUGCUUCAGAAUGAAAUUUCCUUUGGAAACGCUAAUAUAUGGGAGUUGGCAGGCCAGUACUUAACCCAAAAGACUGACCUUAAUAUAAUUAUUAUUUUUUAUUAUUAUUAUUAAGAAAAGCAGUGACCUCUUUAAAUAACAUGGUAAAACCUUUUUGCUCUCAUAGAGCCUGGACUAAAUUUUAUUUGCUUUUUUGAGUGCCUUUUUGAAAGCUGCUUCAGUGGGACUUUCUUUUUUGAGCUGUGUGUGUCCAAAGAAGAACCAGUACAUUAUAGAACCUGCCUUCCCUUCUCCAUUCUAGGUGCUGGGGGAAGCAGCUCCCUAUGAUGCACUAGAAAACAUGUUCAGUGACUGAAUGAAGUAGUCCCAUCAACUGAUGAUGGAAUACUUGAACACAGACAUUUCAUCCUCUUCUUUCCUGGCCUUUCCCCCCCCCCCCCCCCCCCCCCGCAGACCCCAACAAGACAACCUCUGCUGAUCCACACAAUAUUUCCAUAGCCUGCAUAUCAGCUCUUUAUCAGGAACAUUUACCCAUAUUUCAUUUCAUCUCUACCACUGGGCACAAGAAAAAAAGGCCCUUUCUCAGUUCCCCCAACCUCCAAGUCUUAAAAAAAAAAGUAUGAGUGGGCAUGUUAAAUGCACAAUCAAUGCAAUAUUCAAGGACUGUGUGCGUGUGGGUUUUUUUUUUUCUUUUCUUUUCCCAUUAUCUGUAUAAUGUGUUUAUGUAAAUUUUUCCCCUGUACUAUAAGUUUUUAUUUAUUGUCUGGAGUUUAGAAAACCUCUCACAGACUUCAGCUGUGGCUAUUUAUUUUAGCUAAUUUAUUUUGUUUAGAAUUAUGCAACACUGCUUUUAUCUCUCUUCUGUUGUGGAGAUUUCUCUGGGAUCAGUCGACAAUUAUUUUUGCAUUCCUGUCUUUUACUCUUUUGGGGGUAGGGGUGGGUUGUUGACAAAGAAAUAUAUAAAGCCUGACCAUACCUGUUCUUUUUUUCCUUCAUUUUUGGUUGGAAGAUAGAAAAAUGUUGUACAAAGUCUAAUUUAAGGGAAUUAGAAUGACUUUAAAAGUUAGUAUGCCUUUUUUGUCUGGUAUUAUUGACAUACCAGAACUGUAAAGUAAUGCUGUUUUUGAAGGGUUUUAAAUUAUUGACAUUGUACAGUCUUUGUGCAUUGGCUCUGGAAGGAAGAGUGGCAGAGUCAUAAACCUUAAUUUAUUUUAAUAGAUGUGUGUUCUGUGAUCUGGUUGCACUUAUGCAGCUUGGAUUUGGAUUUUUUUUUUUCCUUCUGCUUAACAGUGUGAAAUGUAUGGAGAUCAUAUUUUUUUAUACAGGUAUUUCAAUUAAACUUUUUUGUAGAUAA